UUUAGCACCCGGAUCUGCUUUUAUAAAGUGACCAGUCUGGAAGUGAGCCUCACACACGCACAGCACACAUGCCACAGCAGUACCUUUUCACCGCAUUUCACGCAUCUCUGUGGGAAAGAAAGAGCUGAAAAAGCGUUUGCGUGUGUGGUGGACGCCGGCAUACUUCAUUGCCACCAGCUCAGGGGAGUCCGCUUCGUAAACAGAAAACUAAAUAAGACAAGAGACUGUUUCAUAAAUGGGGCUGCGUAAAUACCUGUAUUGCCUGGAGUUCGUCCUCCUUCUUAAAGAGUUGUGUCAGUGUUUUAACAUAGAUGUAAAGCAUCCACGUAUCUUCACCGGUCCAGAGGACGCUCUGUUUGGCUUUUCUGUUUUACAGCAUGAAGCAGACGGAGAAAAAUUAAUGUUGGUCGGGGCUCCCUGGGACGGGCCCCCCAACAACAGGAAAGGAGACGUCUACAAAUGCAUUGUUGGAAGGGAGAAGAACUCAAACUGCAGCAAAGUGAAUCUAGGUGAGACUGCUUUCCACAACAUUUCUAAAAACCUGAGGAAUUCUCACCUAGGAAUGACCCUUACCCCAGACUCACCUGAUGGUUUUCUGGCAUGUGCCCCUCUGUGGUCUCAGGAGUGUGGUACAUCUAUGUUCAGCACUGGCAUCUGUGCCUCUGUUAGCGAUGACCUAGAACCAAGAGAAGUCAUUGCUCCAACAGCACAAAGGUGCUCCACAUACAUGGACAUUGUGAUUGUGCUGGAUGGUUCCAACAGUAUCUACCCCUGGUACGAGGUCCAGAACUUUCUCAGCAACAUCCUCAGCAAGUUCCAUAUUAGCUCCGACCAGAUGCAGGUUGGUAUACUGCAGUAUGGCGAGGUAGCCGUCCACGAGUGGUCUCUGAAGGACUACCGGACCACACAAGAAGUAGUGGAGGCUGCCAAGAACAUCAGCCGACAGGAGGGACGAGAGACACGCACUGCAUACGCUGUCCACAUGGCCUGCACAGAGGCAUUCAGCGUUGAACGUGGAGCGAGGGAGGGCGCCAUGAAAGUGAUGAUCGUAGUGACAGACGGAGAGUCACAUGAUGGGGAGGAGCUACCAGAUGCUCUAGAGGAGUGUGACAACAGAAACAUAACCAGAUAUGCCAUUGCUGUUCUGGGUCAUUACAUCCGCCGGCAGCAGGACCCUGAGACGUUCAUUAAAGAGAUCAAGUAUAUUGCCAGUGACCCUGAUGAGAAAUACUUUUUCAAUGUGACCGAUGAAGCUGCACUCAAUGACAUCGUAGAUGCCCUGGGAGACCGCAUUUUCUCUUUGGAAGGCACACUGGGCUACAAUCAGAGCUCGUUCCACACGGAGAUGUCUCAGAUUGGCUUCUCCACACACACACUGGAUGAUGGCAUUUUGUUUGGGACGGUUGGUGCCUAUGACUGGGAUGGUGGAGUGCUGAAGGAAGGGACCAAUGGCCACAUCAUGCCACCCAGAGAAGCUUUUGAGCGCGAGUUUCCACUGGAGCUCAAAAAUCAUGCAGCUUAUUUAGGUUACACAGUGUCAUCUGUGAUAGUUGGUGACUGGAAGAGGCUGUAUGUAGCCGGGGCUCCUCGCUUCAAGCACAAAGGCAAAGUCAUCCUGUUUGAGCUCAGUAAUGAAGGAGAUGUCAACAUUGUGCAGGCCCUUAAUGGAGAACAGAUUGGAUCGUACUAUGGCAGUGAGGUGUGUGGGCUGGACAUCGACAAGGAUGGCAUCACCGAUGUCCUCCUGGUUGCUGCUCCAAUGUACCUCAGCUCAGGAAACAAGGAGGCGGGUAGGGUCUACAUCUACACUCUCAGUGGGGAGGAGGUGUUUGUUUCUAAUGGUACUCUGAAGUCAGAGGAAAAGUCACAGGAUGCCAGGUUUGGUUAUGCACUGGCAGCUGCUCCAGACCUCAACCAUGAUGGCUUCACUGACCUGCUGGUGGGAGCCCCGUUGGAGGAUGAACACAGAGGGGCCAUCUAUGUCUACCAUGGUGACAGUAUUUACAUCAUCCACAAUUAUAAACAGCGUAUUCCAGCGUCUGUGAUUUCCCCCUCCUUGCAGUAUUUUGGCCGCAGUGUGAGCGUUCGAUUGGACUUGGAUGGGGAUGAGCUAAUAGACUUGGCAGUGGGAGCGCUGGGCAGUGCUGUAUUGCUCAGCUCUCGAAGCAUAGUCCAGAUCAAUGUGAGUCUGUCCUUCCAGCCGCAUUCCAUCAAUGUCAUUCAGAAGACCUGCCAGAGGGGAGGCAGAGAAUCAGCCUGUCUCAAUGCCACUGCCUGCUUCACAGCCUUCUCUCGCUCCCCUGGAUCACACAGCAAUAGUUUUGAUCUGUGGGUGUCGGCCAUGCUGGAUGACAGAAAGCUGUCAGCAAGGGCCUUGUUUGAUGACAGCUUCCACCGACAGACCCAGCUGUCGGUGCAAGUUCACACAGGACGAACUCUCUGCUACAAACUGCCCUUCCAUGUCUAUGACACAGCAGAUUACAUCCGUCCCAUCAGCUUCUCACUGCAGUUUAAAAUCAACAAUACAGAGAGUGGUCCGGUGUUGGAUGAAGGUUGGCCAGUCUCUGUCAAGAAAUUUAUCCCGUUUUUUAAAGACUGCGGUGAGGAUGAUGUGUGCACAACAGAUUUGGUGCUGCAGGCUCACAUGGACAUCUCUGGGACAAGACAGAAGCCUUAUGUGAUUCGCAGUCCUCGUAGGCGUCUGGCAGUGGAGGUGCAGCUCCAGAACAGACUGGAAAACGCCUACAACACCAGCCUGACGCUUCACUAUUCACGCAACUUGCACUUCUCCAGCCUCAGCAUUAGGGAGGAUGCCCACUUUAAGAUUGAGUGUACAGCACUUAGUGCCAACAGCCACUCCUGUAAUGUCAGUUAUCCAGUAUUUCGCUCUCAGUCAAAGGUUAACUUCAUGUUGGAGUUUGAGUUCAGUUGCACUGCUCUGCACAGUCGAGUCCAAUUGAAGCUUAAUGCUGCCAGUGACAGUGUGGAGAGAGAAAAUACUUUAGGGGACAACAGUAUUCAGCUGCAGAGUUUUGUUCAGUAUGAGCCAGACCUGUUUGUCAGCAGUGACUCAAACCUGAACCGAUAUGAGGUCCACCCCACUCGGACAGUGUCAGAGGCAACUGGACCAGAGUUCUACACACACCUCAGGCUGCAGAAUCUUGGCUGUUACUCUGUAAGUAAUUUGGAACUGAGGCUGCAUCUGCCGUCUGUGGCUGCAGAAGACAAAGUCUUCAUGACUGUCACAGAUGUCUUCUCAUACAACGCCACAGAGGUGAACUGCAGCGUGCUGAGUAAUCUGGCCCAGCUGAAGGCCAGACAGAGAGAUGUACGCCCCCUCCAUCCUGACGACAUGAUGCACAAUGACAUACUGAAUUGCAGCAGGUCAUGGUGCACUGAGGUGGUGUGUGAAGUCCGGCAGCUUCAGAGAGGGCAGGCUGCAGUCGUUCGUGUCAGCCGCAGAGUUCAUGAUGAUUUUUUCAGACAAGCCAAAUUUAAGUCAGCGAGGAUAAUAGGUGCCUAUCGCGUCACAGCUCAGGAGACUAACCCCUUCACUCUGGGUUCAGGAACAGACUGGAGGGAGACUGUGCUGGAGGUGCUGAAAGGCCGAGCUAUUCCAAUCUCACUCUGGAUUCUGAUUGGUAGCAUCAUCGGAGGAUUACUGCUACUGGCCCUUAUCAUUUUCAUACUGUGGAAGCUCGGGUUCUUCACACGGAAACACAGAAGAGAGGAUGAGAACCAUGAGGACUGAGCUCAGCUUCUGCUGCCAUGACAACAGUCAUUUGCCUCAGUGACUACCAGAUGAACUGAGUCCACCUCCUACCAGGCACAGAGAUAGUCCUGGGCUUGGACCCAAGAUGCAGCUGCAACAGGGACCUCCGGGACCAAAGGCAGCAUUACAAGGAU